AGGAUAUGGGAAUAUGUUUCUAACAUUCCAUUUAAAAUGUUGGCAGGGGAAAUGGGCAUCACAGUGGACUCAGUCUGAGCAGAGAGGCUAUGGGUAUAUUUAGUCUCAUAUAAAACUUUCCAGUAAUGUUUUGGUUGUGGCUAUCCUAGAUGACGGCCAAGGUCCAUUGGCAGAUCUCAUUGGGGAAUCUUGUAUUGCUGAUGGCCAUACAGCCUUUACCUGGAUGAAGAACUUUAGUGUCUCAUAUUCUCAGAGCUGGACUUAACUCAAUGACAAGGUCAAAGGCAUACCAGGCAGGGGCAGUGUAGAUACAGAUACAGUGCCAGUAACCUAAACUGCACACCUUCAGAGUUAGAAUUUAGGCUAACCUUGACUGUGGGUUGUUCCAGUGUUGUAGUACUUAUACUGCAAAUGCUGUACUUAAAAAAGAUCUCCCAGGAAAUGUUGAAAUAUCUGCAGUAUGGUUUUCAGUCUCUCUAAAACAAUUUUACACCAAAGAAAAUGCAUCUGAUUUUGCAAAAUAAAAGAAGAAAACUGGUUCUGGGGAGAUAAACAUUUUGUGGCUUGUUAGAAACUGGGGGCAGCUGCUCACACCUGAGGGAAUUCAGGCAUUUUAAAAGCUCUGAGACAUGCAUGGGCAUGGCAAGUUCUAGUCUUAGACACAAACUCUAGUCUGCCUACACCCAGUACAGACUCGUUUACAGCUGUCAGAGGGAGCAGGAUUUUCUGCUCUCACCUGGAUAAUCUACCAACAACUUUGAACCACUGACAUGUUCCUUGCUAAAGCUUUACUAGGUGGAGGAGGUGGUGGUGGAGGGGACCUUGUACGUGGCCUUGGGGGUCUUCUAGGAGGUGGUGGACAAGGAGCAGGGAAUCUUGGAGGGCUUGUUGGAGGACUUGUGAACCUCAUCAGUGAAGCAGCGGCUCAGUAUACUCCGGAGCAACCUCCACCUCCUCGCAGCCAUUUUAUAAAUGUGGAAGCUGGUGAGAGUGAAGAGGUCAGUCAGUUUCGUCGACUCUUUGCCCAGCUAGCUGGAGAUGACAUGGAGGUCUGUGCCACAGAGCUAAUGAACAUACUGAACAAGGUUGUUGCUAGACAUCAAGACCUAAAAACAGAGGGCUUCAGCCUGGACACUUGCCGGAGCAUGGUGGCAGUCAUGGACAGUGACACAACAGGCAAACUGGACUUUGAGGAAUUCAAGUAUCUGUGGAACAACAUCAAGAAGUGGCAGUGUGUUUACAAACAGUUUGACACUGACCAGUCAGGGACUGUUGGGAGAGUUCAGAUACCAGAUGCCUUGAAGGCUGCAGGAUUUCAGCUGAAUGAACAGCUUUACCAGUUGAUCGUCCGUAGAUACUCCGAUAAGAAUGGGAGUAUGGAUUUCAAUAAUUUUAUCAGCUGCCUGGUGCGGCUAGAUGCCAUGUUCCGUGCCUUUAAGUCCCUGGAUCGAGAUGGAAAUGGACAGAUCAAAAUGAGCCUUGAAGAGUGGCUGCAGAUGACCAUGUACUCCUAAGAGAGAACACUGAAAUGGGCCACCACUUGAUCUACAUCUGCAGACUUAAACUUUUGCCUCUGUUGACUAACCAUAGCCUUUUUCCUUGUUUUCACAGCACUUGUCUGUAUGCCAGACUAAGUUUUAUUGCUAUCAGAAAGUACAUAAGUCUUUUAUUUAUGUGUCAUAAUUUGUAUAUGUUUAUAAUUGCAUAUUUUGCUGGAAACAGAAAAUAUUUCCAGACUGCCAAUAUUGCUACCAAAUACAGGUGAACUAACUUUCUAAUUUGUAAGAAGUUAUUUGUAAGAAGGAAGAGUAAUUUGUGAUGUUAUGAUAAUGAAAAUCCAUUGAUUAUUAGCAAUAAAUUGCUGCUUCAUUAUUUCCUGCUGGCAUGAAACAUGAUUCCUAGGAGCCUCAUGGUAGUUUUUUUUUUUUUUUUUCCUGAAGCCUUGUAAUGAAUAUGUAUAUCAUAAAUAUAUAGCAAAUGUGUAGUACAGUGAGCUA